GGCUGCCGUCAUCAUCAUGGGAUUAAAGAGUUAUUUCAUAGCAAAAACGCCCGAGCCGGCUGCCGGACAGAAUGAGAAACCACAACGAGGUCGACCACCUGCCACCGGGGAUCCGAUAUUCAAUCCACUGACUCCGAAUCACGAUGUACUCGCUCUCCCUCACGCCCACUAUAGUGCCAGAGCCCGCUCGGAAGCACGCUCCUUCCUGUCGACGACGAGCUCGAUAAUGCUCGAAGACAUCAAGCAUGAGGUCAUGGUCAACUGGCUCUAUCAGCAGCAGUGCUCCUACCUCUGGGUAGCAAGCGGCAGCGGUGAGAUUGAGGGCGUGAUGCUUCGAAAGUCAAGAGGUCGAUACAUGACCUGCCUGCCGGCACUUGGGAAUUCCCCCUUGGCUGCGGCCUGUGCUGCGCUCAACGUCCAGUGGUCUCCGGAGGCUAUCGAGGUUCCUCUGAACGACGACUUGCGCAUCCAAAUCCUUCCCACCGUCGACGAUCUUCUUCGUGCCCGAAAACAUCAGUUUGCGGCCUUUGUUGCCUCAGAAGGCUUGCUCGUCGUUUAG